ACGACGAACUUAGCCAGGAGGAAUUUCUGUCCAUCCAAGAAUGGUUGAAGGCCAAUAGGGGACCCCCUGCCAAAAUCUUUGAAAAUCUUUGAAAAAGCGGUCUAAAAUAUUCCGGAUAAACAAAGACAGCUUUGAAAAUAUUGUCUUAGCAUGGCCCAGGCUUUUCGACAUCGAUGGCGCAGUCAGUUUUAUUUACGUAACAUUUUAAUAGUAUGCUCUAAGAUAAAUUUAUGCUAUUCAAUUUCAGAUUCAAAACGAUUUCGAUCAAAUUUACCCAUUGGCCUCAUUUGUUUUUUAAAUGGAAAGAUACCGCUUCAAAAUUGUUAAUCUACUCAAAAAGUAUUAAGAAGUGUGCAACUACCCUGACUAUUGGAGAGAAAGCUGCUGAAGAAAAUCCAUCAAUUGCAGCGCUAUUUUUACUAGCCUACUUGAUUCGGCCAAAAAGUAAAAAGACGUCGCUUCUUGGUUCAGUUGAAUCAUUUAUUAUGGUCAAUUCUGAGCCAAAAUACAACGAAUUUCUGGAUAACAAAUUGGAUCUGUACCCUCAAGUGUAUUUAGUUGGUAGCAAGGAAUCCUUAAUAUUCGAAGAUUUUCUGGUCAUUUUCAAACGGAAAAUUGUGAAAUGCACAAGUGUAAUGGAAGCAGUUGACUUAGCAUUUAAGUCGUUCUAUGUGUUUAACAUUGAAUUUCCGACUACAUGUUACGGAGCGUGGCAAUUUUUAGACUAUGUAAUUUAUAAAAUGAAGCCUAUUUGUCCAGUUAUGUCUAGUGUUAAGGAGUUGGCAGCAUUUGUGCAGUAGAAUGUAAAAUUAUUUAUGAUAUUAAUUUAUUUAAGAAUUAUUUGAUACGUUAUUAAAUUUACAAUUAACGCUUACCUUGUGAUAAA